CUUUUGCUUAAAUUAUUGGCCAAUCCUUCCAUAAUCAAUUCGGCAUCAGCUGUAAAUCAAGAGACUUUAUUGACUAGAAUUUCCACCUUGUUGAAAUCGAACCAUAGCUUUAUUCGUUGGAAGGCGACAAAACUUAUAACUAUAAGUUUGACCCAUCCAGUGCUUUUACUCUCUAACCAUACCACCAAUGUAAUUUCGGCCCUUGUUAAGAUUUUGGAUUCCAAAUGCUUCAUUGCAAACUAUGAAAACCCAGGUCAAAGAGAGCUCGUGACUUUGAGAAGUACAGCAGACUGUCUUGGUUUUGUUCUUGAUCAAAUUAGAGGGAAGCCUACCUUGACAAGAGAAGUUCUUACCCCAAAAUUACCUGGCAUCAUCGGAUCUCUUAUCGAAACUAUCGUGUUGAUUCCUGAAAGCGCAAUCCCUGUAUUGGCCAAGCUUUUGAUUACCAAUACCACUACUUUCAGACCUUUUGGAUCUAAGUUGGAAACUGCGUUAAAAAACCUUUUGAACAACGGCGAUAACUGGUCCAAAAUAGGUUCUGAUCUGCGCUCUAUGGUAUUAAAAUCCUUAGCAUUGGUAUCAUUCAUCCUUUCAAGAGAGAAGCAAGCAAGUUCCUGGAAAGAGAACGUUGAUGCUGUUAUUUUGGAGCUCAAAUCAGUGAUCUCUAUAUACGAAGCCUUUUUGGAACUUUCAAAUGACACUGAAUAUAUUGUGAAGUUUGACAGUUUGCCUAAAUUACCAGAAAACAUGGCAAACUCUAAACUGAUAUUUGGUUCCCUUUCUAUUGACAUCAAUGAAACUCCAAUUGCAAUCUUCAAGGUCUCCCAAAGGAUUGAGAUUUUGAGUGAUUUAUUGUUGGCCUACAUUGAAAUUACGACACCAAGCGCAAUCACUGUUCCUUUUGGUAAUUACCUCUCCAUUGCAGAAAUUCUCGGUGGGCUCAACCUUAAUUACACUCCAGUGAAAAGAGAUAUUCGUGAUGUAGCUACGCGUGAAUUGAUUGAACAAUCUGUUUCCGAAGCUAAACUUUCCGGUAUCAAAAUACUACAAGCUUUUGCCGAAAAGUUUCCUGGAGAACUGUAUCCUCACAUGUAUGACAUUUUGGCUUUACUUGAUGCUGCAAUUCCAGUGCAGACCUACAGAGGCAAAAUCAAGGUUGAUAAAAAGGCAGUUUACGAACAAGAAUCACUUAUCAACCGUAUUUUACAGACCGCUUCAUCAUACCUUUCACUAACAGAAAGGUUUAAUGAUAUGACAGUGUUGGGUAGGUUGCUAGAAGCUGCGCUGAUUUUGAAAGAAACAAGAGAGCCAACUAUUCCGACAGAGAACCAAAACACUGCUAAGGACAACGUCAGCAACGGUAGUCGCAAAAAGGUCUCGAAGAACAAAUCUGCGAUUUCAUUGUCAGACAUUUUGUCGCAUCAGCAACUCUUUGAACAUCCACCUUCUGCAACAACAUUACAUGUGUUGAGAAGAUUUUUCAAUGUGUUGCUAACAAAAUGUGAGCUAUCUCCUGGUAAGUUAAGUUUGGUUCUACGUUUUGUCAUCAUUGAUGCAGUUGCUAACGUGAAUGCAGCAAAGAUGGGUAAGCACGGAGUAGAAAGAAAACAGGUCCUCCAAUUACUUGAAAACGCUUUACUAUUCCCUGGUAAGGCAAACAACAGUAUCUCCAUCAUUCCUAUGGUUGCCAAUCUGAUCGGUUCGCAAAGUCCUAUUUUUAGUUUGCUCACCAAUCCUAGAUUUCCUUUAUUGCAAAAGAAAAUAAGCGGUUCAAGUUUUGAAAAUAAUGAAGCUGCUCACACUGAAGAAGAAGAAAUGGAGGAAGCUGCAAAAUUUGAGAAAGGUGAGUUUCCAAUCCCUGGUUCCGUAAGUGAAAAAAGAGCUGCAGAAGGCGAUUCUCUAGUGGAUACCAGAAAAACCAAGAAACAGCAUACCGAAGACGAAGAUCAAGUCUUUAGCAAUGAGAAGGAGGCUACAGAUAUCUUGAAAAGGUUAAAAGAUGAGUUGAAGGAAGAGAGCAAUCAUCCGCAAUCAUCACUCGCAGAUGAUGUUGCAGAACAGACAGAAAUGGCUGCCGAUGAUGAUGUUGCUCUUUCCGAAAGGGACGAAAGUGAAGAAGAUAUUGGAUCAGAUUUUGAAAUCCCCGAAAUCAAUGUCGAUGAU